AUGAGCAAAGUUGCCGAUGCAUUUCUAGAGCUAAUCCAACAAAAACGUGAUCCAAGCACAAACGAGAUGUCUGAUAAUUUCGAGAGCUACGUCAAUUACUGGGCAAUGGACUCUGUGUGUUUGGUUGCUUUAGAUACGGAUUUGGGUAUGAUCAGGAAUAGCGCAGCACAACCUCGAGCCAAAGCAAUCAUUGAUGGCAUGCGGGAGUUUUUCGAACUACUUUUGGAGCUAGAUUUGAAGCCGUCGUUAUGGAAAUAUGUAGCAACACCGGAUUAUCGACGUGUCAUUCGAACGUUUGAUGAGAUAACGGAUACCACAAUUUAUUACAUAGACGAGGCUAUAAAACGCGAUGCAGUUAAUGGGAGCAAUGUGGAAGAAAGUGUAUUACAGCGACUGUUUAAUAUCGAUCGCACAGUAGCAAUUGUAAUGGCAAUGGAUUUAGUGAUGGGUGGCCUAGAUAACUCUACCUCUGCUCUAACCUCCUGUUUACUCAGCCUGGCAAAGAAUCCAGAAAAGCAGAGCUUGCUGCGCAAGGAAGUCCGCAAUAAUAAUAUUUCAGAGGGAAACAUGCAGAGCUCAACCUACUUACGCGCAUGCAUUAAAGAGGCUUUUCGCAUGUAUCCCGUUUCCACUGGAAAUUUCCGUACAACUGGUCAAAAUGUAGUGCUGAGUGGCUAUCAUGUACCAAAAGGAGUGGAUAUCGCAAUGCCUGGUCAACUUAUACAAUUCGAUGAGAAAUACUAUGAACGUCCGAACGAGUAUUUACCCGAACGCUGGCUACGUGACGGAAGCCAUUUGGAUUCCAAUGGUUGUCCACUUAAUAAGAAUGUGCCUUUCGUUUACAUACCAUUUGGAUUUGGCCCACGAAUUUGUAUUGGAAAACGUUUUUUAGCAUUACAGUUAGAAAUUACUUUGACGAAGUUAAUACAAAAUUUCGAAAUCGCUUUUGACUAUCCCACAGAGGGUAUGUUCAAGACUAAUAUCAUAAAUGUUCCCGCAAAGCCGUUGCGUUUCAAAUUCACCGAUGUGAAGGAGUGACAUAGGCGGACGGCGAGAGAGGGAGAGAGUCGUGGAGUUGGAAACUCAUAGAUUAAGUUUAAUUGCGAAUUAAAUUAACA